UGCACUUGCAGGCCCAUUCGUGUUCAGUUCAUCAACUUCAGACUCUUCAAGUUUUCUAUCAACUCCAGCAUUCGGCAAGAUGACCACCGAACCGUCCUCCACGGCUACCCCGCUCAGCCAUGUCCUUCAGGGAGGAUACGCGCAUCCUCUGACCCGAUCACUCCAGGCUGAAAGAUCUUUGACCAAAGACAUGUUGAUGUUCCCGCUCUUCAUUUCCGACGAUCCGGACGCCAAACAACCCAUAAAUUCUUUUCCAAAUCAAUAUCACUUAGGAAUCAACGUACUCGAAGAUUUCCUGCGUCCGUUGAUCGAUAAGGGGCUACGAUCAGUCAUUUUAUUUGGGGUACCCAUGAAAUGUAAAAAAGACGCCAGAGGCACGCCAGCAGAUGAUGAGACGGGUCCGACUAUCUCAGCCAUACGCUUACUCAAGUUAAAGUUUCCGACUCUAUUUGUGGCGGCGGAUGUGUGCUUGUGCGAAUAUACGGAGCAUGGUCAUUGUGGGUUUGCGCCAGGCAAACCGGGUGGCGAGAUCGACACACCGGUCUCAGUGGCCAGGAUUGCCGUCGUGGCGCUGAGCUAUGCCCGAGCGGGUGCAGACUGUGUGGCUCCUAGCGACAUGAUGGACGGCAGAGUGGGGGCCAUCAAACAGGCUCUGAUCGAUGCUAGACUGGCUAAUCGAUGCUGUCUGAUGUCAUACUCAGCCAAAUUCGCCAGCUCACUCUACGGCCCCUUUCGCGCGGCCGCUUGUUCAGCACCAUCAUUCGGGGACCGCAAGGGAUAUCAACUGCCGCCCAAUGCUCGAGGACUGGCGAGACGAGCGAUCGUUCGAGAUAUUUCGGAAGGAGCGGAUAUCAUCAUGGUGAAGCCGGCUCAGAUGUAUCUUGACGUACUUUCCGAGGCCCGAUCCUUGGCACCUUCUCAUCCGUUAGCCUGUUAUCAGGUUUCAGGAGAAUAUGCUGCCCUCUUGGCCGGUGCGGACGCCGGGGUGUAUGAAUUAAAGCCUAUGGUCUUCGAGAGUUUAGAUUGCAUGCUUCGUGCUGGUGCCACUCUGAUACUCACUUACUUCACCCCCAUGCUAUUGGAUUGGCUCUGAAAGUCGAUCUCACCCGUCUCGCAUCCUGCCAUAUUAUUUUAGAUGGUCAUAGAUCAGUAAUUCUUUCUUAGAUAUUUGUAUUGUAAAAGAUCCGCAAAUCAGCCGCAAUUUCAAAAUGGGACAAUGUCUGUUACAAACUUCAUGUAAUAGAAAUAUAAGAUUUACGUUUUGC